GAGUGGUGUGGUAGAACUAAUAAUUUUCUCAAACUGUAUGAAAUUCCAUAAAAUUUAUAUGUGUAAAUCAUAAUUAAGUGCAAGGGAAUAUAAUAAUGUAGGACAAGAAUACGAUUAAAAAUUGGAAGUAUUUUAAUAAUAAUGUUUGAUAAAUAUUUUUGUAAAUAUCAAUCCGGAGGCUCUAGAUUUGAAUCGAUUCGUUUUUUAUUGUUCAGCAACAUCAGGUAGAUAGAUCCAUAGAUCGUAAUUCAGUAACAGGAGUCCAACACAACUAACAUUUAACCGAGUAUUUAAUAGACUAAAAUAUCCUGUCAAAAAUAAAAAUCAUGAAACGUAAACUAAUAAGUUCAAGAUGGAAAUGUAUGGUUAUUAUUUCAAUUAUAUGUUCAACAUUGAACACUGUAAUAUUUGGAGUUCCAUUAAGUAUGCCAUAUUCGAAUCAUGAAAAUAUUAAAAAUGAAUAUUUUAUAACAGAAAAAUCACAAGAUAAAAACAUUCUUGUUGAUCCUAACUGUAUAGUUAAUGGUUCAAAAUAUGUAAAAGGUGAAAAUGUACCUGGAGCAGGUCCAUGUGAAGAAUGUGUUUGUCAACCACCUAAUGUUAUUUGUUCAAUGAUUAAAUGUCCAAUUAAUAGUGGUUGUAUAACGAUUCAGUUACCAAAUAAAUGCUGUCCAAAUUACAAAUGUGAUUGCGAACAUAAAGGUGUACAGUAUAAUAACGGAGAGAAAAUUAAUAAAUCUGAUGAAUCUGCUUGUAGAGUUUGUUUUUGUAAUGGUGGAGAAAUUGUAUGUACUUCUAUUGUAUGUUACACUCGAAAUGAUUGUCAAGGAUAUUAUUUACCAGGGGAUUGUUGUCCAAAAUAUGAUAAUUGUUCAUUAACCUCAAUAGAUACAGAACUUAAAUCAAAGGUACCCAUAUAUUUAGAAAAAUCAAAUAGAAAUAAUAAUUAUUGGUCACAUAGCACUGAACAAAAUUAUAAUGAAGACAGUAUUUGGAAAAGAGAUACAGCAGAAAGUCAGAAGUAUGAAUUGCCUACAGUUCCAAACACUGUAACAAUGCUAUCAACAGUGGUCAACCCUAAAAAAGUAUCUGGACAAAUAAGCACAUCAUUACCGCCAAAUAAUACAUUUGAAGAAUUAGAUGCUUCAACAUCAAGUUCCAUAAUAGAAAAUUAUACUAUAUUUAAUGAGCCCAAUAAAGAAAUUACUACCCUAGAAAACUUAAUUAAAGCAAAUGAUUUCAAUGUCACUGAAAAUUCAAAAAUUUCUUUUUUAGGUUACGAAAUUGAUAAUUUAACAGCAAAUGAAGAAAUUACAGAAUCAUACUUGAAAACAAAUGAAACUUUAGAAACAAUGUUUGAAGAUUUAUUUGAUUAUACAACAGAAAUUGAUAAUUCUGUAGUUAUAACAUAUAUAAAUGGUACAGAAACUAUUAUAGAUGUAACAGAAGCACCUACUACUGAAGGAAAUAUUAAUGCAUCAACUGAAAUGACUAGUACACAGGUUGAGAUUUUUGAUCCUAAGGAUUUAAGAUUAGAUUUAGAACAAGGGAUGAUUGAAUUCUCUACUAAUAUACCUGAGUUAGAUGUGACCAUAGAAGCAGAUUAUGAAGAUUCAAGAGAAGCAACUACACCAAGAACACCGGAUAAAUCAACAGUUGGUACACCAGAUAAAUUGGUAGUGAAUGGUUCACCAAAAAUGAUGAAAGGUCUAAUUAGCACUGAAACAACAUUUACUGACUUAGAAGAUACAACAGAUAUGUUUGGACCAAAUUUUGAUUAUCAAUCUUAUAAGACACAAUCCCAUCAAAUCUCGUCAAACUCAGAUACCAUUGAAUCUCAAAUUACAGAAUUAAAUAAUAAAAUAUUUAUCCCAAAUUCAAAAAUUAUAAACAAAUAUCAGAAAACCACUGAAUCUCCUCAUAUUGAACUAUUAAGCCAGCCAUACUCAGAUACAAAAAGUAUUGAAAAUACUACUUUAAAUAAAGAACUAAAAGUAGAAAAUAUUGCUGUAACAAUAAGCAAUGUUACAGAAACAGUAAAUACCACUAAUUUUAUUGAAUUAGAAACAAACAGUACUGAAUGUGGAAAUAAUAGCUGUACUGGUCAUUCAAAACUAAAUGAUAAACUAUUAGAAACCACUGCAACUACUCCUUUUAUUAUAGAGACCAAAGUAUUAUCUAAUCAAGACUCUCCUAGAUUAGUUAUAAAAAAAAUGCCUUAUCCCAAAGAAUAUCCAGAAGAAUUUGAAACAAUUCAAAACGGACCAUCGUUAACUAUAACAAAAAGAACGUAUACCAGCAUACCAGAUAUAGUUUAUACAACAACAACGAUGAUCACAUUGCCGACUUUAGAAUUAAUUUAUAAAGCUGAUAAAGAAAUUGAAAAAUAUUUAGCUAAUAUGCAGUCAACAAAUAUUAAACCAAGUAAUACUUUAAGUCCACUCAGAAAUAUAUCAACUUUAAACUCAACUUGAAAGCUUUUAUUUUUGGUAAAAAUUGAAAUUU